GGAACGUGAAGCGUUGGAACCCUAACUCGAGAAAAACCCUCCUCCGUCUCAAUUGCAAGGCGGUAAACCCUAAGAAAGAUCGGCUCUUUCCUCUUCUCGUUGGUUGUUCGUCCGUUCCUAGAAGCUUCACGUUUCCUCGCAAAUGGCGACUGUGCCAGUUAACCCAAAACCUUUUCUGAACAAUUUGACUGGGAAGCCUGUGAUUGUGAAAUUGAAGUGGGGAAUGGAAUACAAAGGUUAUCUCGUGUCAGUAGAUUCCUAUAUGAACUUACAGUUGGCCAACACUGAAGAAUACGUUGAUGGGCAGUUCACUGGAAACUUGGGGGAGAUUCUGAUAAGGUGCAACAACGUUCUGUAUCUACGCGGUGUACCAGAAGAUGAAGAGAUUGAAGAUGCCGAGUGAGCAUGAGCAAAAAAAAUUUCAUGGAUUUCGGUGAGCCACUUCUGUUGGCCUCAUUUGGCACUCGAACAACGGAUGUGCAUUUAGCAACUAAUGUAUACUCAUCUAAAAGCUCAUUAUAAUUUUCUUGUUUGUGUUCCCUUUGUGAUGGAUGCUUGUAGGUCACUUCUUGGUUCAGUCUCUUAUCCAUAAGCUUUACUAUCA